UUGGCGUCGCCGGAGAGGAGUGCCGGGGCGAGAGCGCCGCCUUGGCAGUCCAGAGAAGCGGGAGAUUUGUGUGCCGGUCGGAAGCAGGAAAUUUCCCAUGGGCUGGCAAUUCAUGUCCUGGAGAUCAGUUUGGAUCCAUGGAUCACCACUUUGAGUGGAAGUUCUUCCCAAUGGCCAACAAAGCUACAAGUCCUUGGAUUUCGUGGGAUGGUGUUGUGGCUAAUAAGAUGAGAUCAAACUGCUAUCCUUUUUGAAAAUGUUUUUUUCCACUGAAGUUUCUUUUUCAGAGGUCACCAUCACCCUUUUUGUGGUGGCAGCUAUUUUUAUUUCUAUACAUAUGUUAAUGAAGACCAAGCGGCCCCAACCACCAGGACCUUGGUCGUUACCAAUUCUGGGGAAUCUUCUCCAGGUUGAGGAGCAUCCAUACAUUUCCUUUCAACGCAUGAGGAAGAAAUACGGAGACGUGUUUCAGAUAAAGCUCGGAAUGGUCCCUGUUGUGGUGGUUAAUGGUCUGGAGGCAGUAAAACAGGUGCUUUUGAGAGAUGGGGAGAGUUUUGCUGGUCGACCGGAUAUGCACACUUUUUCAUUUUUCGCCGAUGGAGAUAGCAUGUCAUUUUCAGUCCACUAUGGGGAAAGUUGGAAACUUCAGAAGAAAAUUGCUGGAAGAGCUUUGAGAUUGCUUUCCAAAUCUGAAGCCAAGUCUUCAACGUGCUCUUGCCUCCUUGAAGAGCAUGUGUGCGAUGAAGCUUCAGAACUGGUGAAAACGUUGCUGGAGCUCUCAAAGAAUGGUGGCUUUGAUCCUGCGGCUGUGACUACCUGUACGGCAGCGAAUGUUGUUUGUGCCCUUUGCUUUGGCAAGAGGUACAAUCAUAAUGACAAAGAAUUUCUGGGUGUGAUUAAGUUAAAUGAUGAUUUUGUAAAAGCUUCAAGUGCUUUCAAUCCUGCUGAUUUUAUACCCUGCCUACGUUACCUUCCACUGCCGGCUGCAAAAGUUGCUCGUACAUUUUAUAGAAAAUUAAAUGACUUUGUUUCGGCAUGCGUAGAACACCAUUGUACCACAUAUGAUAAGAACUAUGUCCGAGACAUCACUGAUGCUCUGAUUACUGUUGGCAAUGAGAAAAAAGAGGAUGCCAAAACUGCUUUGUCAGAUAAGAAAAUAAUAAAUACUGUCAAUGACAUCUUUGGAGCGGGUUUCAGUACCAUAACGGCAUGUUUGCAAUGGAUAUAUCUGUACUUGAUAAGCAAACCAGAAUUUCAAACUAAGAUUCAGGAAGAAAUUGAUGAAAAAAUUGGACUAAGACCACCAAGGUUUGAUGAUCGAAAAAUUCUGCAUUAUACAGAAGCUUUCAUCAAUGAAAUUUUCAGGCACUGUUCCUUCUUGCCAUUCACCAUUCCUCACUGUACUACCAGAGAUGCUGUUCUCAAUGGGUACUAUAUUCCUCAAAGCACUUGCAUCUUCAUUAAUAUGUAUCAAGUCAAUCAUGAUGAAGCUGUGUGGGAGGAUCCAUAUUCAUUUAAACCCGAGAGAUUUCUGAAUGAAAGUGGAGAACUCAAUAAGAGCUUGGUGGAGAAGGUUUUGAUCUUUGGAAUGGGGAUACGAAAAUGUCUGGGAGAGGAACUAGCUCGCAAUGAGGUUUUUGUUAUCAUCACCACCAUCUUGCAACAGCUGAGACUGGAGAAACCUCCUGAAGAUCAACUAGACCUGACUCCAGUGUAUGGCCUCACCAUGUCACCGAAACCAUAUCGACUUCAAGCAGCAUUGCGCACUUAGCAUGAAGUAACAUUUGAACAGGGGGCAGCCUUCCUUUACAAACCAUAUAGCAUGCAGUAAAUAUUAAGUAACCCUUGAUCGUUGUGUCAAAAUAGCUAUGGGAAGAGGGGGAAUUCAAACUGGGGAAACGUUAGCCUCCUCUCCUCACAUCAUGAAUACGAUGAUGACGAUAAUGAUAAUGAUAAUAGUGAUAAUAAUAAUAAUUUUUAUUUGUACCUUUCCUUCCUUUACCCACAACAAAUGUCAGCAUCAAAUUUGAGGAAAGCAGUCACAUAUUGUGAAUAAUAGUAUUAUUUGUCCACAUGUAAAUAAUCAUAAUCAUAAUCAUCACCAUCAUCAAAUAACUUUAUUAAUAUUCCACCCUAUCUCCCUGGAGGGACUCAGGGCAGAUAUGAACAGAAAAAAGCAUGAAUCAUGUAAGUGUAUGAUGAGUCUGAGACUGAAAAUUGAUUCAGAGAGAAAUGCAUCUGUUAAGUAGGAACAGAGAGACAGAAUUAAUUCUGUAGCAUGUAAGACUGAAGAGAGGCUUUGCAAAUCAGCUGAAGAUACUGGUAUGAGGUUGUGUUAAGACAGGCAGUGGGCGUGGCCUUUUCAUGCUUGUUUUCUACAUAACCAUGAAGCAAGGUCAAAUCCACAUAGGCUAAAUAAUGCAACCUUACCUUGAUCUUAGCCUGUUGGAAUACACAGCAUACGUCUUCCAUUGUGAAAAUGCAUAUUUUCAAGACAAUUAAGGGCUUUAAGACAAAUAAAAAAACCUUCUGCUGGUUUUCAAAACAUAUGAUUUCACCUCAAAUUGUGAUUGUGGUUGAAAUCACGGGUGGGGGGAGAGUGGUUGAUGGGUGGCCAUCUAAUUCCAGUAAUCGCUUAGGCUACCUGAUAGUUCCUGCUAUUGUAGGGUAGUGUCCUUGUUUUUAAAUGUAUUUCCACAACUUUUAGUAUCAUUUCAACUCUUGUAUUUCCUGCUUGGUUAAUAUGCUCUCACAUGCUUUAAUUGUCCCUGAAAUUUUCCCCACAUCAUUUUAAAACACACAAGGAAAUAACAAGUACUGAUUGUUUAUUUUAGUGCAUUGUUCUUGUUCUUCUAUUAGAAGCCUUGCCAUAUCACAUGAAAGCCUUGUGUUUUGCCAUAAUCUGUGCUGCACAUGUCAUUUUUUAUGUCGAGACCAGUUUGUAUCCUUUUGGAAAUAAAUUAGUCUGAUAUUUUGGUAACAA